AUGGAAAAGUCCAUGGCCUCACAAGUCCACCCCAGCUGGCUAACAGCUCUCCUACCUGACUCCAGAAUACCCCCCAAACUAUUUGCCUGGUCCUCAGCCAACAUUCGCCCAGGAGGCUCCUCCAAGCUCGGAGGCUCUGCCAACAACAUCCACCAUGCAGAGUGUUCACAUCCAACCCCCAACUCCACAGCAAGCUCUGAGCAGCGCAUCUUCAUCGUCGGGCCCGGCAACAUAGGUAGGCUCUACGCAAGCCACAUGGUCCGCCGCCCAAAUCCCCUCCCCAUCACUCUCGUCGUGCACAGAAAGGAACUCCUCUCGCAAUGGGCAGGCUGUGAAGGCGUGGGCCUUAUAGACCCGGGCCGUGGCAAGGUCAUCAAAAGCAAGCGCUUUACUGUCGAGUGGUGGACAGAGACUAGACCACAGUAUGGUCCUGUGAGAGAGGUGGCAGACGGAAAGAAGCUGCGCAACGUCUUCAUAUCCACAAAGGCAUCCGCUGGACUGGCCGAAGCAGAUCGUCUUCGUCGGUAUUUGGGCAAGUGUAGUUCUGUCGUCUUUGCGCAGAACGGAGUAUGCAAGCUGUGGCCUCCUCAUGGGCCGUUAUACGUCGCCGGUCGAUACCCGCCUGGUGACGCUCCUACCUUUUCAUCAUGUGUCGUGAACCACGGCGUUGCAUCAGCAGGGCCAUUCCUGAGCAUUCACGCAGCUCCUGCAGACGCAUCCAUUGGACCUGUCCUCUGGCCAUCCCAUCCGAUGCCACACAAGAAGCCCCUGAACGACUUCUUCACAAGAUACAUCGCUACUACACCCUUCCUAAACACAAAGCAAGUUUCCUCUGGCGAGCUCUGGCUUAUCCAGCUGGAGAAGCUUGUCACCAACGCCGCCAUCAACCCCCUCACAGCGUUGCUACGCUGCAAAACAGGACAGCUGUUCACAACCCAUGAUCCCACAGACCCCCUCACGCGCGUGCUGGACAGGUUGCUAUGGCAGGCCAGCGCCGUGAUCCAGGGUCUUAUAAACCAUGACGCGAGUGUCGACAUCGUCGCUUCUUACGCUGAGCACCUCCACCAGACCGAACCAAGCAGCGACUCAAGCCUUGUCGCCGUACGGACCAAGUUGACAGAGCGGUUUUCCCAGCCUACCUUGAGAGCGAAGUUGUUCGCCUUUGGCCGCAAGAUAUACGAACAUCGCAGCUCGAUGCUUCAGGAUGUCGAGGCCGGCAGGAAGACGGAGAUAAGAGAUUUCAACGGCUGGGUUGUGGAUAUGGCGAGUUUUUUGGGGACGGGGUUGAAUGUGAGCGUGCAUCAGAGUUUGAUUGUGUUGAUUGAACGCGGUGAGGUUUUGAACAAGGAUGAGUUGGCUAGGAGGACAUUAUAG